AUGGCGCCGCCCCGAUCUGUCCGACGCGGACGCCGCGAGCCCGAGGACACUGAGCCAAUGCUCGCAGGCUCCGACAGCGAUACCGCCUACGAGGACGACGACGACCGCUUCGACGCCGGCAAGACAUCGACCGAGCUCCGCAGGGAGGACAUGUCGCUUCUGGAGGAGGAAGAAGAGCGCGAGAAGCUGAUCGCCCGCAGCUCACCGGCAGGCAGCGCGAGGAAAGGCGCCCUGGGACGACUCUUCCGCGGUAGAGAUGGCGACGCCUCGACGGGGCUGCGACGUAAGUCCACGAAGGAGCCCGGCCGAGACCGCAGGCGACAUGUCCACAAUUCCGAAGAGAGUCGACUCAUGUAUGAUACCGAAGAAGGGGGGAGACUGUCGAGUGCGUCGUCCAGGGACUCUUCCGAGGUUGACGAGCAGCGGAUGCGCGCCCUGCUGGGCAAGAACAAACGGUCGUCGCGGCCGCUUUUCCUGCGUACUUUGGUCUACGUCUUCGUCGUGAUUCUGUUCUUCGUCCUGCUCUUUGCAGCGUACAAGGCGUCCGGCUUGCGGCCGACCAAACACUUUGCGACCAUGCUGCACAACGGCACAGCAGCCUUUGCCCCCACCACUAUUCUCAUCUCGCUCGACGGUUUCCGCGCAGACUUCCUCCAGCGGAACCUCACCCCGUCCAUGCAGGCGUUCAUCAACGAGGGUGUCUCCCCACCGUACAUGAACCCCAGCUUUCCCAGUGUGACCUUUCCCAACCACUGGACGUUGGCCACAGGGCUCUACCCCGAAGCCCACGGCAUCGUUGGCAAUACGUUCUGGGACCCCGCGUUCGAGCAGGACUUCUACUACACCCACACCGACGUCAGCAUGCAGAGCAAGUGGUGGGGCGGUGAUCCCCUUUGGUCGACAGCCGAGAGCCAAGGCAUCAGGACCGCCGUGCACAUGUGGCCGGGCUCUGAGGCCGACGUCGGCGAGUAUGAGCCCGCUCACCUCGACAAGUACAACGGCUCAGAAAAGCUGUCGGUCAAGGUUGACAGGAUCCUCGGGUUCUUGGAUCUUCCAGGCCCAGACAGCCCGCACGCUCUGGGAGACCAGCCUCGCCCUCAGUUCAUCGCUGCCUAUGUACCCAACGUCGACCAGGAUGGCCACAGGUACGGUCCGAACAGCACUGAAAUCAGAGGAACCAUCACGGCUGUCGACACCAUGCUCGGCAACCUGUUCAAGGGCAUCGAGGAGCGCAACCUGACGAACAUCGUCAACGUGGUCAUCGUAUCAGACCACGGCAUGGCGACGACCGACAUCUCGCGCAUGAUCCAGCUCGAGGACCUCAUCGACACGAACCUGAUCGAGCACAUCGACGGCUGGCCGCUGUACGGCCUGUGGCCCAAGAACCCGGACAACCUCGACCGCCUGUACCAGGAGCUCAAAUUCAAGGCCGAGCACAACCCCAACAUCGACGUCUACCUGCGCGACUUCGACAUGCCCGCGCGCUACCACUUCGCCAACAACCCCCGCAUCGCGCCGCUGUGGAUCGUGCCCAAAGCCGGUUGGGCCAUCGCCACGAAGGACGAGUUCGACAUUGAGCUCGGGCUGAAGACGGGCACUCCCUACCAGCCGCACGGCCUGCACGGCUACGAUCACGAGCACCCGCUCAUGCGCGCCAUCUUCAUCGCGAGGGGCCCUGCUUUCCCGCACCAGCCUGGCAGUAGGCUGGUGCCGUUCCAAAACAUCCAACUCUACAACAUCAUCUGCGACUCCAUCGGCGCCGAGCCCGCCCCCAACAACGGCACCCUCCGCCUGCCCCUCAAGCCCGUCGGCCUGCACUCGGACGUCGAGCCGGAGGAGACGCCGGAGGACCCCGUGCCCACCACUACGUCGUCUCCCUCUUCUACCACUUCUUCCGCAUCUGCGUCGGACCUGACGACCACUCUGGCCGGCCACGUUCUGUCUGGUGCCGCGUCUGCUUCGUCGUCGUUGUCUUCUUCGUCAUCGUCAUCCACGACCGCUGCUGCAACCACGGCUCCUGCGUCUAGCGAUGGAGAGAAGAAUGAUGACGACGAAGAAGAAGCAAAGGAGGGUGACGACUCCGUCAAGGAAGAAGAAGAGAAGAAGAAAGAUUGGUGGCAGUGGUUCACGGACAAGGUUAACGCGGCCAAGGGUUGGGCCGUCGACGUGGCGAACAAGGCGGGCGAUAAGGUCGAGGAGGUUAAGGGGAAGAUCAAGGGUCCCGGAGAGGGCAAGGAGGGGGAGGAGGCGAAGGGGGAGUAG